AUGAUUGGCAAUAUGCGGGUGUCUUCAGGACAAGGCCAAACGACUGGUCAAAAGCCACUGCCCUCUCGUCCACCACCGCAGACCUCGCCCAGUAGUGGUAUACCUCCACGCGUCCCCGUGUCCAGCGGUCCUCCGCAGCAUCCAUACAAUGCUCCUUCAACCUCGCGCCAGCAAGACACACAAGCGCCGCACCCCUACAACGGUCGUCCAUCGCCUGUCAAUCCUCCCCCAUCAAGCUCCUACCGACCUCACCCAUUACAUCCCUCUCCGCCUCCCCAGAAUUACGGCUUUGGCCCUCCGCCGUCUCAGCCGAAUCGUAACCGCCCACCCCCAUCCUCGCGGCCCCCGCAUUCCCCCAAUCCCCCGCUGUCUGCGCCCGGCGAUGACCCCAACCAGCUGCUGCCACUCUUCCGAGCUGCCAACUCCUCACACUCGGGCGCUCUGACCGAACACGAGCUGGGUUCAGCCCUGGUUAACGGCGACUAUACUUCUUUCCACCCCCGCACGGUCAAGAUGAUGAUCAGAAUGUUCGAUCGCAACGGAAAUGGAAUCAUCAAUUUUGACGAGUUUGUCUCACUGUGGCGGUACCUGGCAGCCUGGCGCGAGCUGUUCGACCAAUUCGAUGAGGACCGUAGUGGGCGCAUCAGCCUUCAGGAGUUCGAGAAGGCUUUAGUCGCGUUUGGAUACCGCCUUAGCGAAACCUUUGUCACGGUGCUGUUCCGCGCCUUCGAGAGCAAAACCCGACAAAUGGUGCCCUCACCCAAGAGCCCGCAUGAAAAUGGGAUGAGCUUCGACCUCUUUGUGCAGGCGUGUAUCAGUUUGAAGCGCAUGACGGAUGUUUUCAAGCGGUACGACGAAGAUCGUGACGGUUACAUCACCGUUAGCUUUGAGGAAUUCCUGACAGGUGAGUUUAAUAGCUCCCUUUAA